GUGGGGCGGAAGAACGUUCAACGUGACAUAUAGGCCGUGUACGCGUGCAAAACCCGGCUGAAAAGCAAUCAAGAGGCGCACGCCCCAGUCUAUUUUAAAAUAGUGUGCAAUUUUUCUCUUUACUUUUUUUUUUCUUUUUGUUCCUUUUUUUUGUUAUACUUUUGCAAGCCGUGGGAGAGGAGGAUCUCUUUUGUGACACAAAGCGCGCAGUGGCAAAGAGCAAACAAACGGUGACGCGUCUAUUAAGAGUGUGAGGGAAAGAAAACGUCAAUUAUGGGUAUUCUUUUUUCCAGAUUUCGGAAAAAGAAAACUACAAUUGAGGUUUUGGAAGAUCUUGAUACGGUAAGGAAAAAAAGAUAAAAGAAAUUCAGCAGUAUGGCCAAACCACCGAACAGAGGCAUAAAAAAAUUGUUGGAACAUUAAUUAUCUGGAGCGUCGCUUUGUACAUCAUAGCUGCUGUGGUUUUCUACUUCUACUUCUUCCCAGCGUCUCUGAGGGAUCGUUUUUUCUAUAUAACACCUUUAUUGAUUUUUCCUCUGGUGAUAAUUCUGACAAAAAGAAUGGUCACGUGGUAUUACAAUCGUAAAAUAUCACGAAAUCGUGACAAGCUCAGCACAAUGCAACAGGAAAAAAAGAAAAUUUUGGAUGAAGUAACGGAAACCGAGACGUACAAAAAAGCUAAAGAAAUUCUGAUGAAAUUUGCACCCGAUCAGCUCAGAAUGACACCGCUCUCACCUCAGCAAACGUUCAAUAAGCCAACAGUCGUCGAAAGUCCACGUCGUCCGAGCACACCGCAAGCAGUCGUGGCUCCACUUCCGGGCGGAAGUGAAUUACGGCGACGUGCCUUGACAGUCUCGAAUCCUUCGGCGAACGCAUCAAUGGGUAGGCUAUCAAAUGUUGGUGUUGUGCCAGUUGGUGUUGCCCCCGCGAUAACACCACAGCGACUGACACCUUUUCAGCAGAAUUCGAGAUCGUUUAAUGCCGCGACGAUCGGCGCUCGAUCCCCGCUGCCGCGUCCGAUUCUUCCUCAGCAAAGAAGUUAUCUGGAUCGCUUAGUGGAAUAUCUCGUCGGUGAUGGGCCGUCGAACCGUUACGCACUCAUAUGUCAAAUGUGCGAAUCCCACAAUGGCAUGGCCCUGAAGGAAGAAUUUGAAUUUUUUGGAUUCCGCUGUUGCUACUGCAACUUCUGGAAUCCAGCGAGGAAACAAAAACCAUCGGCACCGCGACUCGAAGAUCCAACUUCACCUCAAUUGAAUCUUCAAUCACCAAAGAUUUCGGAUCUUGAAAUUUCCUCGGCGUCGUCGAGUUCAGAUUCUGAUAUCGAAAUAAUGGAAAAGCCAUCGGAUCACUUGGGGCCGGAGACAGAAAAAGAUACGAGCACAGAGCCACGAACGGAGGAAGAAAAAACGAGUGAGAACGUUGACGAAGGUAGGCAAGACGUUUUAUCGAGAUAUAUGACAGAUUCGGGGGUGGCAUUGCCUUCCCACCGUCGUUUGAGACUGAGAGAUCCGAUUCUCAAUGCAGAAAAUUUUGGAAACGAAGGAAAAUUGAAAGAAGAAAAUAAUCCGCUGGAGGAAGAAGAUGAUAAACAGAACGAGAAAAUGGAAGUGGAUGAAUCACCGAAGAAGUGAACAAUUCGAUAACGAAAGUUUUCAACUUUCGAGUUGUGAACGAGAGGCGAUAUACCGUCAGUGGCUUGGAUUUUUAAUGUCUCUACACGAGAAAAAAUGAAACGUUGAUAAAAACGAAAGAACACACACAAAAAUAACAUUUUUCAUAAUUGUUUAAUCGUAAUCAUUCCAAUUAUCGUCUAGUAUUUUUCAUUGGGAAACUAAAACUGAGUCUCACGGCCAAGCUACUUUCGUUCACCCCUUUUCUCCCCCUUCCCCCUGGAUCUCCAUCAAAUAACAGACUGAUCAGAGAUGAGCACCUCUUUUUUUUUUUUAACGAAGCUUUAUGCUCUUUGGCAUAACUCGAUCGAAUUUUUAGUGAAAGUGACGAUGAUUUUUUUCCGGAAAUUCCUUCGACUCUGGUCGAUUGUACGAGCGAGAAACUCCGUGAAACUGCAGACUCAAUAUUUUCUUUCUCCUUUCACGAGCGAUUUAUUAUUUUGUCUGUUGUAUAAAUUGCAAGAAUUCUAUGGAGUGAAUAAAAGUAACAAAUGUGUUGACUGGACGAAUUUGUACGUUCCAUUGAAUGUUUAACGUUAUGGGAAACGAUGAAAAUUGAAGAAAUUCAGGAACAGAGCGCGACUCAAAAUCAAAUGUUGUCAUUUAUGUAUUGGCUUAUUUAUUGAAGAACGAAGUGUUCUCGUUAAAUCGAUUUGUCGUGGCAAUUAUCGUCCACAAACGGUGAGCAACGUUUCGCACUAAUAUUUAUUGAAUCAAAACAUUGGAAGGAGCAGCGAAGAUAUUUGAUUCGCCGGGAUUAAGGAAGGAAAACAAAUGAAUGAGACAGAGAGAGAGAGAGAGAGAACGAAAGAGAGUGCAACAUUUGCCUUAAUUUAUUAAAACGCAUGUAAGUCUGGUAGCAACGUAAAUAAUGUUCGAAAGAGAAAGAGAAACAAUGACGUUUUUCAAAUGUGUGUUACAUACUUUAGGCUGUUAAACUCGAACCAGUCAAAACUGUGAUUAAUAAGCAACAACAAAAUAAAACAAAACGAAUAUUGUAUCUAUCUCAAGACUGCGUCCAUCUCGUCAGUAAUCAUUGCACUCAUAAGAGCUAUAAGUAUAAAAGAAAAUUAUUUGUUUUUUUCUCUGAUCGAGCGAAUAAAGAGUGUUGAAUUUUCGGUAAUUUUCAUUGAAGUGGAAUAGCAAUAAGCAUCACGCACUGUAUAUAAUAAAAUGUUUACGAACGAGAGGAACUUUUACAGUUUUGCAAAUGCUUACGAGUUUGAUUCCUAUUUAUAAACGAGAUAAAAGACGAACGAAAACACCGCAAAAAAAUGUGUCGAUAACAAUCGAUUUGUUCUUUGCGUCGAUAAUUUUUGUGUUAUUUCAUCGUCUCCGUUGUAUCGUAUAGUGACAACACCAUUUGUCGUUUAUUUAUUAAUAUUUAAUUCCGAAUAACUCCCGUAGUUGAUAUUCACGAUAUUGCAGUCAAUCGAGAAAAAUACGUACAAAUGUUUGCAACAGCGAUAUAAAUGCGACGACUGUCGUCAAAUCAACCAAGUAACGAGUUGAUGCUUGAGAGUCAACUGUGGAAUUUGAUAAUGCUCUUGUUUUUCUUGUACGUGAAAAAAAAAACUAUGUCUGAUUCUGUUUUUGUCGAACCUUAUAUUUGUUUAGAUUUUUAAGCAGUUUGUCGUGUGUUUUAUUAUUUUUUGUUUUUCAUAGCAUUGUAUAAAAUGUUUUGAGGGAUCUUUUUUGUUUUCUUUGUCUUGAAAAUAUGCUUCGUAAAUCAAUGGAUUUUUGAGUACUGUUAAUACGAAAAUUGUAUAAAUAUAUAGUUUUGAAGGAAAA